GAGGCUCUACUUCUCACGGAACCAUGGCCACUGAAACAAUAUCUGCCUGCACUGGAUCUAAUUUAUUACAGCCGAUAAGCGAGAUCAUCAACCUUCCGUUAGAUCAGGUAAACUUUGUGGUGUGUCAGCUCUUUGCCCUGCUCACAGCGUUCUGGUUUCGUCUCUACCUGCAUCCCAGUAAAACCAGUCCGUUCGUCCGACAUGUGGUGGCGACUCUGCUGGGGCUGUACUUCGCGCUGUUCUGCUUUGGCUGGUAUGCUUUACAUUUCCUAGUUCAGAGUGGGAUCACUUAUGGCAUUAUGAUUCUGGCAGGAGUGGAACAUAUACACAAGUACUGUCUGGUGUUUGCCCUCGGAUACCUCAGUUUCUGCCAGAUCACACGUGUUUAUGUCUUUGACUAUGGCAUGUACUCUGCUGACUUCACAGGGCCUAUGAUGGUAAUAACACAGAAGAUCACCAGUCUAGCGUUUGAGAUUCAUGAUGGAAUGGCUCGCAAGGAGGAGCAGCUCACACAAAGUCAGCGAAUGUUGGCUAUACGGCGAAUGCCCAGCCUCCUGGAGUACUUCAGCUAUAACUGUAACUUCAUGGGCAUCCUGGCGGGCCCCACCUGCUCGUACAAAGACUACAUCGCCUUCAUAGAGGGCACGCCCUGUAGCCAUAGAGACCAAGAGACCAAUGGGAAAGUGAACGUGAAAACAACACAGAGUGAUCCAUCACCAAAUAGUGAGGUGGUCCGUAAACUGUCCACCUGUUUCAUCUCCCUCCUGGUCUUCCUGUCGGUGUGUAAAGUGUUUCCGGUGGAGCGUAACAUAGACGACGACUUCAUAGCAAACACGCCCUUUUAUGCACAGGUGGUCUACCUCUACCUGUCCAUGCUGACCACACGACCAAAAUACUACUUUGUGUGGACUCUGGCGGACGCUAUCAAUAACGCGGCUGGUUUUGGUUUUAACGGCUACGCCAGCGACGGGACACCGCGAUGGGACCUCAUAUCCAACCUUAGGAUUAUGAACAUAGAGUUUGCUACCAGCUUCAAGGUAUUCCUUGACAACUGGAACAUCCAGACAGCACACUGGCUCAAAAGAGUGUGCUAUGAACGCUGCCCUUACAAUCCCACAGCGGCCACCUUCCUGCUGUCUGCCAUGUGGCACGGUGCUUACCCAGGUUACUACCUCACCUUCCUCACGGGCAUCGUGGUUACGCUGGCAGCCAGAGCAGUGAGGCACAAUGUAAGGCCGCACUUCCUGGGUUCCCCAUCGCUCAAACUGGUGUAUGACAUCAUCACAUGGGCUGCUACACAGAUAGCCAUAUGCUACACUGUGGUACCUUUUGUACUGCUGUCUGUUGGCCCCUCCAUGAAGUUUUACAGGUCAAAGUAUUUCUCGGUCCAUAUAGGCUGUGUGCUGUUAGCUCUAGCUCUGCCCGUAAAGCCGCGGCACCUCCGUCUGAAGGAGCAGCAGCAGAGCAAGCAGGAGCCAGAAUCACAGGAGUCAAGCUCCGCCCCCCGGCGCCUCCCCUCCACCGAUUCAAACUAUAACCAGAAACUCAAAAGCACAUGAGCCUAGACCACCGGGGCCACAGAAAGUAGUUGAGAAGAGCCAGACAGAUUAACAAAGAAAACCAAUCCACAGAUAAACGAACACACUACCAGCUUCUGUCUCGACCUGAGGAGGGAGAGAGAGAGAGAGAGAGAGGGAGAGAGAAUGAGAAGGUCACCUCAUUUUUUUUUUUUCUCCAAGAUGAAAAAUACCAAGACAGAGAUGGGGUGGGCAGGACUUGUGAAAAGUGGCAGGGAGUAGUUGAGAUGGUCAUGAGAAACAUAAAAUCCUGAGUGCACAGCCCCUCGUCAUCUGCUCUGGUAUUCACCACUCCUCUGACUCUUCGUCAGUCUAGAGUUGACUUGAAGGGAAUAGGUUUCGGGAGACUUUUAUUUUUCUGGUGAUAUCUCUCUGUAAAACUACCCACCUGAAGUUCUAAACAAGGCAAGUCGAAAUUGGAAAUGCUUAUUUGCCUUUUUUUUUCUCUCAAAGAGUUCAGUUAAUCUUUCACUUACUAUACUUAGGCCAAGAAGAUAAGAUUUGACCUCUGCAAACACUUCAACAGCUAUGGAGUCAUAGCAAAACCUUUGACAGUUUUUGGCUGAGAAUUGACAGGGUUUUUUUUUUUUUUUCGUCUGGAAAGUUUAAUAGCUUUUGUCCGAGAAGGUCAGUUGUAUCAAUGGCUUUUGUUUCUGAGGAAGAUAUUUGAUCAGGCCUCUCUCCUGGGUUAGGCACUGAUGCCAAAGAUGUUGUUUCGCCUGACUCCUGCAGUGGAUGAAAAAAGUUUUGUCUGACCGUUUGACCCAUUUUAAAAUGUUUAAAACCCCCCCGGUUUCCCCCGGUUACCUAAAAGCAUUGUGGCUCUGCUUUGGACACCCAGUUUAGUCAAAAUCUAUGGAAUCAGUGAAAGAAUUUUUUGACAACAGGUUUUUGUUCUGAAUGCUGGGUUUUGAACGCUCGGUUUAUGUGGUGCUCUUUUUAUUCAAAUUAGACAAAACAAAUGCAUUUGAUGAUGUAAUUGUGUUGUUGACAUGUGGUGAUGGAAAAGGUCCACUGGCCAGAAGCAAACUCUCGCUUCCUUUUCCAUGGGCUAACCAUGGAUU